AUGGUGUCCAACAUUUUACACCCCACGGUUUACCGCCCCGUGAGGUCCGUCAUCGGGCCCGGGAAAUGGACCGCGAUCCCUGCGGUUUUGGCUACUUUUAUGGUGUCGGGGGUCAUGCAUGAGCUCAUCGUGUACAACAUUGGGAGAUUGUGGCCUAGUGGAGAGAUGAUUGGCUUCUUUGUGCUGCAUGGGGCAUCUUUGUCUCUGGAGAUAGUCGUUAAGAAACUGUGUGAGGGGAGAUUCAGGCUACCUAGGAUCGUUUCGGGGGUGUUGACGUUGGGAUAUGUAAUAUACACCAGUUUUUGGGUGUUUUUUCCGCCGUUUUUGAGGGCGAAAUCGGAUCUUAAGAGCUGCAGGGAGUCUCUAGCGUUCGUAGAGUCUGUUAAAAAUCAUCGGCUAGUUGGGCCCAGUGAGGUUUCUUGUCCGUUUCCCUGA